AUGGGAGCUUUAAGGCUUGGAUUAGCGUACGCCAUUACAGGGUGUGAGAUCUCUGCUGCGAGACACGUUUGGAGUAUAUUUGGGGAGAAGUGGAGAGACAUUGGAAGUUGGUCUCUGGGUGCAGCUCUGGGCUUCACCGUGAACAUCCUGGAGGUGUGGAGCUCUAACGGAGGAUCGUCCAGAGCGAGCGCCUCCAUCAGGACUCUGAUCAGCUUCAUCUCUGAGGACGGAGGGAAGGUGGUUCCCUCGGAGGACGUCACGCAGAAGCUUCAGAGCCAGGCUGCGGCUGUGAGGGCGGAGCUGGUCAAAGUGUUCGGGGACGGGCUGCUCUUCGAUGUGGAGAUAGAACCUGAAGGUCCCGCCUCCAGCCAGCCGGCGCUCAUCGCUCUGGGCGUCCUGCUGGCGCUGAGCAUGCUGGGAUUGAUCGUUGCUGUGGCCUUCAUCAUCAGGUUCAAGAGGAGUCAGAAACACGAGCAGGAUUCAGACAAGGAGAGUUUUGACAUCGGGCGAAACGCUGAAGGUUACACGAACAAGUCUCUGAACGGGGCGGAAGCGUCUGAACAGACGAGGGAACAGGAGAAUGCAGCAGAGGACGGAGACAGUGUGAGGUUUAAAGCAAACGCUCAGUGGAAGAACGAGGAGAGAGACGGAGAGGAAAGCAGAACGACUCUCUGAUCUGAAAACAGCUGAUUCACUCUGAACAGUCUGCAGAGCGCCAACGACAUCACGACUGAUAUUUAAAUAUAUUUAAAGCAAGUCACUUUGUGUUAAAGAUUAGAAACAUUACAAGCCGUCUGCUUCCUAAAUAUUUAGACUUAUCGAGCAGUUUCAAAUACACCUUGGUCCAAAGGCUGCUAAUUGACGCUAUAAUUGAUAAAUGGAUGUUUGAUACAGUGAUCUCCAUACUGAGCAAGUCCAUGAAAUGCUGCUGAAAGCUCUGGAAAAAGAUAGUUAAUUGAUCAUUUUUAGAUCUUACAUUUAUUAUUGUAAUGACGGACUAGAUUAAAUGACAGUCAGAUUUUUAAAGUGUCAAAAAGUGGCGCUCUCCAGACUCCAGACAAACACAAACAUCACAGCAGCAGAUUUGAUUGAAAUUGACUCGACGAGAAUCAGCUGCAGUCGUGUUCAGAUUGAGUUUUUAUUUUUAAACAAAUCCUCUGAUCAGCCUGAGCAAUACGAAACAAAUCAUAAAUAAGAUGGUGCUUUAUUCUGAGAAGACGAUUUAUUCUGAAAGCAGGUAAAAUGUUCUCACCUCAAUUCAAUUUGAAGUCGAGGGAAAAUAAUGAAAUACUGGACAGAAAGUCUCAUCAGGACGUCUGUGUUUCUGUACAGAGACUCUUUAUCAUCAGCCUGUCGAUUCAAUUUACUCAAUUGUAUUUUGUCGUAAACUACUGUAACCAAACAUGUUUAUAAUUUAACAAAUAUCUGAUGUUCAAAUGUCACUUUUUAUUUCCAGACAAACAUUUGAUCUAUCUUUGCACUUUAUUUGCAAAAAUGUAAAUAAUAUUUCUGGAGCUCUGUAGUAACACUGGACCAUAAAACAUCUGUAUAAUAAAACAUAUUUUAAAUUG